AGAAGAUGUGUCACUCGGCGUACGUACGCCUCCUAGCGACUGGUCUGAUGUUCUCAGCCGUAGGAGACUUCUGCUUGUUCUGGAUACACUCAAAAGAAUGGUUUAUUUUCGGUCUCCUAGCCUUCGCCGUGGCACAGCUUCUCUACGCCUUGGCUUUUGACGUCACUCGCGUUACCUUUGACGGUAGCACCGUCGUCACCAUGGCAACCGCAGUCCUGACGUACGUCUACAUCCUCCCGGGGUUGAAGGGCGUCAUGACGUCACUUGUCGGCUUGUACGUCAUCCUCAUCUUCUCCAUGACAGCUGCGUCGACGUCACGUUUACGUCGGGAUGUGACGUGGCCACGACUGUCCGCCUGCUUCGGCGCAGUGCUGUUCGUCGUGUCCGACUUUGUCCUGGCCGUGAACAAGUUCCGCUUCCCCCUCCCACAUGCUAGGUUUCUCAAUUUGUCCACGUACUUCGUUGCGCAGUGCCUUAUAGCAUUCUCUGUUCUGGAGUCUAAGGAAGAUCCCAAAGAUUUGGGGAAACCCAAAAGACAACUUGAAGGUAAAGAGAAGUGAUACCGUUGUAAUGACAGAACUAGACAUCGGCGGUUAUACCUGUCCAGUUGUCCUGUAGAGCUGAUUAUGUCGAGAAAACAAAAUGUGGGAAAAUUUCCCUACCAACACAGUUUGCGAUAAAUCUCGGCACAAAGUCAGCCAUCUUCCAUCGCACAAAAGUGCCUAAUUCAUCACGAAUGGGGUAUCAUUUCUGCGGACAAUUUCGGAGCUAGCUCGCAUGGUCAGAUGACCCAUGAAUGAAAGAUCAUCAUAUAGAUAGCAAACUGAUAGGGUGCCAUUGUAAAGUUUAUGAUGAGGUAAAUUUAGUCCCACUGGCUCUUUUGAGGCCCUAAGGGUAGUGGUCCGUUAUCCACUGUGUCUAGAACACAGUAUUGGGAGGCAGAGUUCAUCAGUUUCCUUCCACCACCUGUUAAUGAAUAACCUGUAAAAUUACUUAGUCAUAUAACGUUAACGCAUUGAAAUUAAUAAAGUAACAAUGGAGGUAUGACCGACCGAAGAAUGUUUUCAAACUUUUUAUUGUAUUGAGUUUGAUACAUAUAUAUAGAAAUAUACGUUUUUGGCAUACAAUCAAUAAAUAAAUCAGUUGUUGUUUGCCGUAA